AUGAGAUUCCUUGCCUUCAUCUGUCUCCUAUCUGGGCCGUUAUCCUGGGUGUCUGCGCAAAACUUCAGCAACUUGUCAACUUCUGAUGCUCCAGCAUCUUCUGUCGCCAGGCCGCCAGUGCCAGUCAGCUCUCCAGAACCAGCCGCUCCUCCACCCGCAAGCACCAGGCCCAAAACACCGCAAGAGGCUUCUUCCGUAGCAAGACCACCCGUAUCAGAAGCUCGUCCAAGUUCAGCGCAGCCUUCUGUUCAAAUCAUCAAGCCCUCCUCUGCGAAUGUAGAGGUUACAUCUAAGGCUGCUCCUGCAUCAUCUGCUGUGCCUGCCUCUCCCAAUUCUCCCAAAGAAGCAGCGUCUUCGGUCCAAGUCAGCGUGUCUGGUCAAGCGGUCCCUUCGAGAGAGAUAACAGACUCGAGGGAAGCUCCUUCAUCUAGAGUAAUUGUACAAAGCGGCGAAGCAUCAGCAAGUAUUCCAAACUCAAAUUCAGCACAGCGCAGUUCUCAGGCGCAAUCCAGCGUACCCAGAGGUCCCGGUAGCUCUACGUUAGUCCAGGUCCAGGGAUCAGGAACCACUGCACCUGGUGCCCCUCAAGCGUCAGGCACUCGGGCAGUUGAUGACCCGGGCAAUGUUGCAUCGACUCAAGUGUCUCGAACUGGCUCUCUUGGUGCCGGUCAAGCUACUUAUACAGUCUCAUCGCCAGAGCUAGCUACUACGGCCUCCUUUGCCGCUCAACCAUCGGACAGCUUCCAAGGUGUUAACGAAACAGCAAUUCUGGCGGUCCCAGAGUCUCAAGUUGUCACACCUCCCGAUAAAUCAACGAUUGAGCAAUUUCAAGCCGAGCUCAAUGUCAAUGUUCCGGCAAAGUCGAUAAAUAAUAACAAUGCCCGGGCGCUGGCGAUCCUUGAGACGGCGUAUUUCGAGUACUUUGCCAAGAAGGACCCUGCUCCUGUCGACAUGGGAAAAAUCUCCAUCCCAGCCAAUAUUUCCGAGUGCCAAAAUUUAUACUCUCAGAGAUUGGCAAGGAGAAAGGCCUUCGUUGACAACGUAUUCGACUGGAUACCAUUAGUAUCACGGGACCUCCGAGGCUUUAGCAAUUGCAAAGCAGUUGACUCUAUGGAAGUUGGGGUAUAUUUUCAUUAUAUGAGAGCCUCUUCGACCGCCGAGAAACCAAAUGAGCUGGAGUCGAGGGUGAAAGGACAGAUCGAUGUCCUGAACGAGGCUUUGGGAGCAGUGAGGAUCAACUUCCGCUUUAUGGCACUCAAUUGGUGGGAGCCAAAGGCAAAUGAGGACUGGUCAAGAGUAACCAGACAGGAGGCUAAAUUAUUAGACUGGCAACGCCGCACACGCGCGCCUGGAAAGCUAACAUUGACCGUUUGGAUUGUCAAUGGGUUGCGAAGCAGUGAAAAGAAUGACCAGGAACUCAACAGCUACGUCACGUUCCCAAACCAGCAGCUCGAUGAAGCAGACGGUAUUGUAAUUGAAGAGGCGCAUGUUCAGGGAGGCGACGCCACAACACUUGUUCACGAUGUUGGUCACUGGUUUGGUCUCGGUCAUACGUUUAAUGAGAUCGGCCAGGAAUGUCUCAUUCAAGAUGGAUUGACAAACGCGACCCAGACCUCGGGUAGUCGUGACGUGGUUUAUCAAUGCUCGCAGGUAACAUGCGUUGGUGGUCCAGCGGUUGAGAUCAAUAACUACAUGAGUUACUCCUCGUGCCGUGGAAAAAUACCGCAGAACGGCUUCACCACUGAUCAGAAGGCGCGGAUGUUUGCCAAUGCGCUCGAAUUCAGGCGCGGGUACGAAGCGGGAGAGUGCAUGCCGGACGGGAAAGCGGCCGUGGGAAAGAGGUCUAGCAUGCAGGAUCUGCUCGAUGGGAAGUGCCCGGAUGUUAGCAAGCAGGCAAACAUUCUCAUGAACACCCCGCAUAGCUCGUGGUCACCUGUCGUCGGACGUCUAGCUAAGAAGAUCUUGAUGCCGAUAACCUUAACAUGGACAGUUGUGUUUUGGUUCCUCUGA